CCCGCAGCGUGACGUGCAUCAGCUGACUGCAGUCAACAGAGGAAGAAGAAGAAGAAGAAGAGGACUCCGUCGACCUUCAGCUCGUGAAUCUGUCGCGUGUCUCUGUGUUUUGAGCCAACAUGGCGAGCCAGUCCCAGGGCAUCCAGCAGCUGCUGCAGGCCGAGAAGAGAGCCGCGGAGAAGGUGGCCGAGGCCCGCAAACGUAAGAACCGUCGUCUGAAGCAGGCUAAAGAAGAGGCCCAGGCUGAGAUCGAGCAGUACCGUCUGCAGAGAGAGAAGGAGUUCAAGACCAAAGAGGCUGCAGCCCUUGGUUCCCACGGCAACAGCGCGGUGGAGGUGGACCGCGACACGGUGGAGCGCAUGAGUCACAUCCAGGCCAGUUACCGCGGCAACCGGGAGGCCGUGCUGGGAGAGCUGCUGCGCCGCGUCUGUGACAUCAAGCCCGAGUUCCACGCCAACUACCGCGUGGCGGGAUAAAAUGGUGGUGGGGGGCACGAGCCCUCAGAGAGGUGGGGGGGCGGGGCUAACACAGGACGUUAGCAUCAUUAGCUUCGUUAGCUUCAAUCACAGCCAAAAACCUUUUUUUUUUAAGUUUAUCUGGGAAAAAAGGUGUUUUAUUUUGAAGGAUUGAAGCUCGUCACUUCCUGUUCUAAGCUCCGAAAAACACACGUUCCUAAAUGUUGUUACUGUGUUGAUGUUUACGAAGUAUUUAUAUUAAUAAAUUAAAUCUUAAGAGUUAAUUUCUUAAAAUCUUUCCUGAAUCUAACAAAAUAAAAGUCUCUGAAGCUUCGAAGAGAAAAUCAGCCAAUCAGGAUCCAGCUUCUAGUAAAAUUAAAGAAUAAAAGAAUCUAACUGAAGCUGAUUGGUUGUUGUUCUCUGAACUCUCCUCCAAUCAGGAGCCACAGUUUGUCUCUGUUCUUGCCUGAUUGGCUGAGGAAGUCCCGAGGCUUUUAUUGUGAAACUCCUGUGCGUUUCUGCAGUUUUUUGAUUGUUUUCUGUGUGUGACCAUGUGACUUCCUGUUGACGUUUGUGAAGUGAUGAUGAAAUAAUAAACUGAGUGUUGAUUGGCUGAAA